UUUUACAUUACAUUACACUGUUAUUAUUACCAUUACUGUAUAUUUUAUCGUCAUUGUAUAAAUUAUUAUUAGUGUACACAUUUUUAAAAUUUUUUUUUUUUUCUCACAUACGACUCGUUUCUCAUUUUCGUGUGCGCGCCGCCGCCGCCGCCGAUGCAUAAUACAAAAUAAUAUUUUAUUUGUCUUGUUACAUUAAUUCGGCCGCGUCAUUAGCGUUCGGGUGCAGUUGGUGUCACGACGUCCGACCGAACGCGGUUCGUUCAUUUUUGUUGUUCAUAAAAAAAAAAAAAAAUAUAUCGUCCUGCGAUUUUUCCAAUAUAAUAUACUAAUAUAGUUUCGUUAUUUCACCGUUGUGCGGCACGUUGUCGAUACAUUCUACAAUGUACGUGCAUCGUACCCGCGGCAAUAUGGCGUAGUGCGCUGCCCCGUUGCCCCGUCGCGAUACACACUUGGACCGACCCUCGCCCCCGACAGAGCGGCGCAAUACCGAUAGUUGUUCAUAGAGAAUUUUUUUAACCGAUUACAAUUAAUAUAAAUACAAAAAUCAAUUUAUCCGUAGACGAGAAAACGACGAGUGUGUGAAACGCGGUGUUAUUGUGCCUUGUGUGCGGUGACAAUUUCGAAUACACCGUCAAACUCAUCGGUGGUACGGUCGUCGCUGUGCGGUCGGCGACCAGCUGACGGACUUCCAUGAAUCCGUCAACGGAUAUCGUACUAGCUUAACUUCCGCAACCGUACAACGAUCACGACAAGCGACAUGACCACGUCAAUCAGAUCCAUUCCGUCUGAUAAGAUAAAUCUCCGACUGAUUCUGGUCAGUGGCAAGACGAAAGAAUUCAUAUUCAGCCCCAACGAUUCGGCGGGCGAUAUAGCUCAAGCGAUAUUCGAUAAUUGGCCCGAAGAUUGGGCGGACGAAGCGGUGGAAAAAGCCGAGAUCCUCCGACUGAUAUACCAGGGACGAUUUUUACACAGCAACGUCACGUUGGGCGCUUUGGGCCUGGCGCCGGCCCGGACCACAGUCAUGCAUCUCGUGCCCAGGGAAACACUGCCAGAACCCAAUUCGCAAGAUCAGCGACAAAAAAGUAAAGGCGCAAGUAGCAGUUGUUGUUCGGCGGCCUGCACCAUAUUAUGAACCGUUGUGUUGUUUGCGAUGUUUGAACGACGUAUUAAACGAAUAAAAAUAGUUAAGAAUGAAUCAAGUAUACUUAAGAGGAGAUACGGCUCUCGAAAAAAAACUAACGUCUAGCGACAAGUGGAUGCGCAACAUUUCCUUAGAUCGUCCAUUCGAUGACGGAUUGUCGUUGCGUUAACGGGUCGUGUAUUCGAUACGUACAUAUAAAUAUAUAUAUAUAUAUUUUUUUUUUUUUGACUAUUGAUAUAAUUGUAUAUUUUUUCAGUAAUACCCUCCAUUUUUUUUUUUUUUUUUUUUAAUACUUUUUUUUAUUAAUUAUUAUUAUUAUUAUUUACUAUACAUAAUAUAUGUUGUAAGUCUUCAGGACAAAAAGUGUAAAUUUAAAUUUUCUAGACGUUUAGUUUUGCGUAGACAUCACGGAUAUAAAUAUGUUUCAUCGGUCGUGUUGUGAAAAAAAAUAUAUAAUAAUUAUCGUAUACCGCUGGUCGACGUUGCUGAGCGUUUUAUUAGAAAUAUAAAAUAAUAAUAAACAUUACUAUUUGUUAUUACUUUUAUUAUUAUUGUAAAUGCAACCGACCGGCGUUUUAUUUUGAUAUGGAAAUGUUUUCGAAUCGUGCAAUUUAACAAUUUUUUUAAUUUUGAUUUUGGAGAAUUUUUGUUAGUCUUCCUUAAAAAAAAAAAAAAAACUAUUAUUGUCGAAUGCCAUUAUUUUAUGAACGAUAUAUAUUAUAUGUCCAUUAAUAUGUGUUUUUAUAUAUAUAUACGUAUAUGAUAUAUAGUUCUUAAAUAAAAAUUUAAAACGCACGGUACGCGGUUACUGUUAUAAAAAUACAUAAUAAUUAUUAUAUUUGUUGUACAAGAUAUAUAUUAUAUGUGUUCGUAUUGAUAUCGAUUAUAUAAGUAAAAUAUACAUCUAAAAGUAUGUAUAUAUUUAUUUUUCAAUUGUUCGUUUGAAUCGUAAUGGUUUUUUUGUUGAAAAGUAUGUCCGACGACAAUAUUGUGAUGGCGUGUCUUACGCUCUAGGUCGUUGGAAUGCGUUUUCUUCAAAUGUAAAAAAAUUACUGGAUUGAAAAGUAAAGUAAUGAUUAUGUUUCGUUUGUACGUAUUUAAAUAUUUAUUGACCGCGUGCUCGUCAAGUAUACGUUUAUAUUUUUUGCAACUAGCGGUGGCGUAGCCGUAACUCAAGCGAGAGUCGAGUCCUACUACGGCUGCGCCACGAAAAACAUAUGUUCAUCAUUCACAUUUAUAUACAUAUAUAUAUAUAUAUGUAUAUCUCAUGGCUUUUAACUUCUGUGAUUUCUUAUUUCGUUGUUUUACGAUUUAAUUAUUUAUCAAUACGCCUAAUAAUAAUAUUGAUAAUUUUUGUAAAAAAAAGUAGUACGUACCUUUGUGUCGAUGUAUAAUCUCACUUUUUUUGUGUUUUAAUAUAUUAUAUAUAUAUAUUUUUUUUUGUAAUAAUAAUAAUAAUAAUAAUCUCCAUACUAUAUAUUAUUAUAUUUAUGUCUUUUUUUUUUUUCAAGCGAAGAGUAAAAUUUGUUGUUUAGGUUAGGUGUACAUUGUUGUCGUCGUCGUCGUUGUAAUAAAAUAUAUGUGUAAAGUAAA